AUGGCGACAGAUGCGCCAAAGUGCGCUACCAAGACGCUGCAUGUGUCAACGCCUACGGGAGAAGACAUCGAGCUGAGUUGCGAAGAUGAGACGAUUCUGCAGCUGAAGAUGCGAUUGCAAAGCUCCGAGCAGGUGCCCGAGAAGUUCCGCACCGCUCCCACGCGCGCCCUUCGCUUGGUCUUUGGCACCGAGGUGUUACCUGACGAUCUACACCUAUCAGAUCCUGCAGGCCCAAAGGAUGGCGACCAGUUGUCCUUGAUCGUGUCUCUGGCCCCUUGUGGGAUCUACAAAUCCGAAAUAAGUGAAGUUGGUCACGGGCCCGCGGCCGACAACACCUGGAUCAUUGCCUCGGCAGAUUUUACUGACCAUGGUGAUUUCACAAUCACGAUGGAGGAAUCAGAGAUCACCUCUGUGCUUGGGCGACAGUUUCUGCACGAAGCCUCAACAGGCUUUACCGAUAAAAAUGGGGGCUGA